CACAAAAGACAGACACGAGAUUGGGUGACUCAUAGUCCAACACCACUCGCUGCCGAUGGGGUUGUGGUUAAUUGUUGGCUGUUUCUUGAUUUGGCGGAGAUAAACCCUCCUCCACCCACUACAUAACAUUACCCACCAAACAUCUCUCUUUAUUUUUCUUUCUUUUGAAAAUAUAUAUAUCAUAUAUGUAAUACAAUACACAUAUUAAAAAAGGAGUGGGUCUUUGUUUUAUCUUUUUAUCUGCGCUAGUUGCAGGGAUGCUCUGUUGGGCUCUCCUCAGAUUUGCUUUCUUUUGAACGACACCACCACUAAUCCCUACAUAUACAUCUUACAAAAUGAGAGGAGGUCUGUGGCAACUUGGUCAAUCGAUCACUCGCCGACUUUCUCAGGCUGAUAAGAAGGCUGUGGCUCGUCGAUACUUCGCCUCUGAAGCUGAUCUCAAAAAAACUGUUCUUUAUGACUUCCAUGUUGCUAAUGGUGGAAAGAUGGUGCCAUUUGCUGGAUGGAGCAUGCCCAUUCAGUACAAGGAUUCAAUCAUGGACUCCACUGUCAAUUGUAGACAGCACGGUAGCCUCUUUGAUGUCUCCCAUAUGUGUGGACUGAGUCUCAAGGGCAAGGACUCUGUUCCUUUCCUUGAGAAGCUCGUUAUUGCUGAUGUUGCUGGCCUUGCACCUGGAACUGGGACUCUGACUGUCUUUACAAAUGAGAAGGGAGGAGCAAUUGAUGAUUCAGUGAUCACCAAGGUUAAGGAUGAUCACAUUUACUUAGUUGUGAAUGCAGGGUGCAGGGACAAGGAUCUGGCUCACAUUGAGGAGCACAUGAAGGCAUUUAAAGCAAAAGGUGGUGAUGUCUCAUGGCACAUUCAUGAUGAGAGGUCUCUCCUUGCUCUUCAGGGUCCUCUUGCUGCCCCAGUUCUUCAACACCUGACAAAAGAGGAUUUGAGCAAGCUAUAUUUUGGAGAGUUCUGUAUAAUAGACAUCAAUGGAUCACAAUGCUUUCUCACUAGGACAGGGUACACUGGUGAAGAUGGAUUUGAAAUCUCAGUUCCUUCAGAGAAUGCUGUGGAACUUGCCAAGGCAAUCUUAGAAAAAUCUGAAGGAAAAGUAAGGCUGACUGGACUGGGUGCACGUGACAGUCUCCGACUUGAAGCCGGGCUGUGUUUAUAUGGUAAUGAUAUGGAACAGCACACAACGCCUGUAGAGGCAGGACUGACUUGGGCCAUAGGAAAAAGACGAAGGGCUGAAGGUGGCUUUCUUGGUGCAGAGGUAAUACUCAAACAACUUGAAGAGGGUCCAAAAAUCAGACGUGUAGGAUUUACCUCUUCUGGUCCGCCUCCUAGAUCUCACAGCGAGAUUCAGAAUGAGAAAGGGACAACCAUUGGAGAAAUCACCAGUGGGGGGUUUAGUCCAUGCCUGAAGAAGAACAUUGCCAUGGGCUAUGUGAAAUCUGGAUCACACAAGGCAGGGACCAAAGUUAAAUUAGUGGUACGAGGCAAGGCCUAUGAUGGAGUUGUCACGAAAAUGCCAUUUGUACCAACUAAAUAUUACAAGCCAUCUUAAACCACCUUUGGUUCUUCAGCUUCUGGAUUUUCUGAUCAGUUCCUGUUUUCACUUGUUAUUGUUAAACAUGACAACAUUUCAAUGAUGAUUCUUGUUUGUCUGUCUGUCAGUUAGAUAUUAGAUUUUUGUUGUUACCAAACAUUAAUGGCAUUAGAGGGCUUCAAAUGGAGAGGGAAAAUAUCUCUUUCA